AUAUUGUUGAAUUAAUAAAAAUGCGUUUUAAAAGGAAUAAUAAUGAUAAAAGUGGUGAUGAAUCCGCGGCCAGUUCAGUUCGUUCUACAGAUAGUUACGGAGUGUUCGGGAGCGCCUGCUCUGAUUUCUCGGAGUGUGAAGACGGAGAGGAGAGGAAACGAGGCUGUAGAUACACUCAAAUCCCAUCAGUAUCCACAAGCAGUGCGAGCUUCCAAAGCGCAAUGGAGCGAGAAACAGCGCCUCUGCUGCUGGCGCCGAGCUACGUACCCGCUUAUAAGAGCAUACACUGCAUCAGCUCUGAUACCCUGGGACCGGGAGAAUUGUCAGAUGCUGAUAUAAUAGCCACAUACAAACGGACAUUUGAAAAGCCAAAUAAACCUGCGAAAAAACGGCAAAGCUCACUGGUUACAAUUUUCUCAAUAUGGAACACGAUAAUGGGCUCCUCAUUACUUACAAUGGCGUGGGGCGUGGAGCGCGCGGGACUGCCGGCCGCGCUGCUGCUGCUCGCCUUCAUGGCUGGGUUAUGCUUGUAUACAGCUUACUUGCUGUUAAAGGUCAAUUUGUAUCAUGGUGGUGACAGUUACGAAGUACCAUCGCUUUGUCGCGCUCUACUAGGCCCCCUAUCAGAGAUGAUCGCGCACGCGUUCAGCUUGCUUGUGCUGGUCGGAGCCAAUGUGGUCUACUGGGUGCUCAUCACCAACUUCCUCUACUAUACUGUUAAUUAUUUUAUCGAAGAGCCAGCAGCCAAUAUAACAACGUUCAACUCCAGUUUAAUGUGCCCUAAAAACGAUCUCAUCGGGCCCCUGAAUGACGUCCCCGUGCACGAUCCGUCCCCGUACUGGGGCCUUCACACAACCGUGCCCUUUUACGUGGCAAUUAUAGUCUUCCCACUUUUGAACUUCAGAAAUGUUUCAUUUUUCACUAAAUUCAAUUCUCUGGGAACACUCUCAGUUCUCUACCUACUAGUAUUUGUAAUCGUGAAAGGCUAUUCUUGGGGCCUCAACUUUACCGUAUCUGAGGCCCCACACAGGGGAACUGAUGCGGCUGUACUUAGCGGCAUGUUGGCCCUCUCUUUUUACAUUCACAAUAUUAUUAUCACAAUAAUGACGAAUAACGAACGACAGGAUAGAAAUGGCCGAGAUCUGACGAUAGCAUUUCUUUUAGUAACAGUCACAUACACGAUAGUGGGAGCUGUCUUCUACAUCUGCUUCCCCCUUGCUAAGAGUUGCAUUGAAGAUAAUAUAUUAAAUAACUUCGAGAUGCACGACGUCAUGACGGUAGUAGCGAGAGCUUUACUACUGUUUCAAGUGAUAACAGUAUACCCGCUAGUGGUGUACAUGCUCCGCACGGAGGCGCUGCUGCUGCUGCCGCUGAAGGAGUCGCGCGCUGUGACAUUGUUCGUAAACCUGCUGCUUGUUAGCUUGAGCAUCCUUGUAGCUUGCUUGUGUCCUAACGUGGGGACUAUCAUACGCUACACGGGUGCAGUGAGCGGUCUAGUCCACGUGUUCACGCUUCCCGCGCUUCUCUACAUGCGUUCUCUAUACAUUCGCAGAGAGCUAACUCUAUGGAAGACCAUCUUCUACACCGCUAUUAUUCUCUUUGGAACUGUUAAUCUUUUCAUGCAAUUCUUUAUUGAAUGAUCAUAAGCAAAGAGAUUUGUU